UUGAUCCGAUCACCAGAAGUGGCGUUGAAUAGAUUUUAUUUGAGUGAGGAGGAACAAGUGUUUUCUAUCUCCCCACACUCACACUCACACUCACUCGAGCUCUUACAACUACCUCCAUCCUCACACACCUUCCACUCGCAGUUGCACUUGCGCUCCUUCUCCAAUUUGGCCUUGAAUACGAGAAGAUACACCUUUCGAUACGCGACGGACACCAGUGGAUACCAGGACAAAUGCACGGACAAAUCUUUUGGAUACGCAGCUGCUGAGAGAAAAGAUACACUAGUGCCAAAAACAACAACAGGCACCACCACAGUCCAGACAAAGGAUAAGGAGUUCAACUGGGCCCGAGGCCAUAUAAACCAACGCGGUAUUGAUGGGUGAUAGGAGUGCUAUCGAUAUCCUUGCAUGGUCAGACGACGAUGACCUGUUGCAGGAGGAACUUCUUCAGACCACCACUGACAGGAAUACCGCAGCCUUGACCACAAGCGUCACUACAACUAGUACAACGGUAAUGAACGCCAGUGCAGUCUCGACAGUCGACUCUAGCAAGGAUAGCAACAAUAGGCAAAGCAGGCUUACCUUUGAGUCGAGCCAAGGACAUGUGCCGGAGCGAUAUGAGCGUGGCCAAGGUCAGAAUUGGGGCCUUCGAAGCGAAACCAUGGGUAUGACUGGCCGUAUCCAACCGAAGGAUGAUCUCAGGAAAGACAUUGCAGGAAGUAUGGGCUCGAUUCAGCCUGCAAAGGAUCUUCAGAAGGGCGCUAUCGAUACAAAUAGCACCAAGAGAUACACGAACAAUCUUCUGGAUGAUUUUGAAUACGUCGAAAAGACCAUGGCAAAGGACAUGCGAACCGAGACUCUACGAGUUGGCAGUUCCAAUACCAUUAGCUCUGUUGCGAAUCAUGACCUCAGGAACGCGAUCAUGGCAAUGACAGCGUCAACAGGGAGGACCAGCUCUAGGAAUGAUGGGUCAUGGUCACCAACUCGUCAGACAUCGAGCGAUUCGCCGGUCCGUGGCAGGUCUCCUGCAGUUAUCGAUCGUCAGGGAACUAGAAGGCCAUGGAGAGACAAGUCUUCGGCCAGCUCCACCUCCUCCAAUAUACCAUUGCCACGCCAAAAAUACGAUAGCUACUGGCCUUCAUCACGUCGCAGCAGGUCUCGAUCGACUUCACUCCAGUUUCCACACAGUCAUUCUAGGAAGAACUCGAAGAGUGGGUCGGGAAGUUGGUCAAGAGGGCGUUCACCGAAACGUUCCCCUAAAGGACGUGUAUCAAGUCGGUCCCGCUCAAGGGACGAGACUCGCAGGCUUGAAGAUGACUGUUACAGGCCAAGGAGGUCAAAGGGAUCGAAUUCACGGUCGCGAUCUAGGUCGACAGAGCGAGGACAACGGUCAAGCAAUAGGACAGGAGGAGGAUCUAGCAGUAGACCGUCGAGUCCUUUAAAAAGUGAGACAAGAAACAGGUCAACAAGCAAGCCAACAAUUGGGGACACAUCGAGGUCUUCCUCAAGACCUUCAUCAAGAAGUGCAUCUAAAACCAGGAGCCAGGCAAGCAGUGGCAACAACGAUGGCAACAACGCUGAUGGCGGCAGCAUUAGCAGCGACACAGCAAAGAGGGGCAAUAUUCGCCUGGAAUCGGGUCACGCGGUCGCAGCGACUGUUGAUUCGGACGCGAAUAUGGACAUGGAUGUGGAGGUAGACACGACUGCUUCGCAUGCACUGGACUUGCCUGCAUACCCCAUGGACUCUUCUUCUCCUGCCACUCCUUCUUCAGCUGCCUCUCUUGCUAUGGCUCCUUCUACAACAGUUUAUUCCACCACCGCUCCUCCCUCGACCUCCGCCUCCACUGUCGCAGCUCCUAUACCAUCCUCGCCCAGCCUCAACAACGUGAAGAUAGAAGAACAGCUGAGGAAAGUGAAGCCGGAAGAAAGCCCGGACGCGACUGUGAAAAUGGACGUGGACCAGGAGCCGGAUGCAUCAGACUCGACACACACGCCGCCGCAGCCUUUUCGACAGACGCCGCAGCUAGUACAGGAACCAUUGGAACCGGAACAGCCCCUGAUGGCUGUAAAACAGGAAUCGCAGCAGGAAGAUAUAUCGCAAUUACAAUGCCAAGGACAGCAAGGACAGGCACAGGAACAUCAGCUGCAGGAUGAAAGAAAAUGCGAAUGGCAACAAGAACAACAGCAGGAAAAGCAAGAUGCCAGUGAUCGAUACUUCCUCAUGCGAUGCCGCACGGAAAGCGAACUCCUGGAGGCACAAAAAGAUAAUAUGUGGCCAACGCAUCCAACGUACCACAAGAAACUGCAGGAGGCAUAUAACACCACUAGCAUCAUCUAUCUCAUCUACACAUUCAAGGAUGUGAGACAGUUUUGCGCGAUUGCUAGGAUGGCUUCCGGGAUAACAUGGCUGCCUAUGAGGACAUUCUUUGAUAGAUCGAAAUAUAGACAAAAAAUGAAGGUCGAAUGGGUUGCAAGGUCCUGCGUCUCUUACGAUGAGAUUACAUGUCAACUUCAACUCCCCGGUUACGCAGUAAUCCGCCGACACGGGGAAGAACUGGGUCAGGACCUAGGACGACUAAUCCACAAUCUGCUUCUAAAGAACAAACUCUCGACACCACCGGCGUCGGCAUCGGUAGAUACCCAAUUGAAGUCUGUAGACACCUCCGCACAUGCUACUAGUGUGCAUGAACUCGAUAAUCGAAUGGGGAGCAUGGAACUUGAGAGUCGGCCGAAGGUCACUGAAGAGCAAGCUGGGUCAGACAUGGAGACUGAUGUACCGGAACAGCGCGUCGAUGAUAGGGAUGGCAAUCGGUUAUCUAUGGAUCUGGGAUCCUCGAACGACGAGGACUUGAAGGCUCAUCUGGCGGCUGCACCUGCAGAAAAGAGGAGGGAACUGUUAGAUCAGGAAGACAAUGACAUGGCGAGAGGUGAUUUGGAGCGAGAGGACCGAAUAUCACCUCCAAGAGAAACAGUUGUAGAUGGUGUAAAGACGGAUCCAGGAUCACCUGCACGAGUCGGUUCUCCAGUGGAUGAGGAGCUCGACCAUCGUGUGGCACGGCUACGUGAGGAUCGCUAUGAGGCGAGGACCAACGAGUCCAGAAUGGCGCGGCGAUCACAUCCGCUACCACAAAGGCCGGCGCCUCGCCAGGUACACCCCAUACCUUCUCGACCUUCGAGCUCCAGUUAUCACGACCGGGAAAGGCGAGACUCGUACAGGUCAGACUCGUACAGGUCAGACCCGUAUCGGCUGGAGCCGUACCGCUCGGAGACAUAUCGUCUAGAUUCAUACCGUGAAUCAUACCGUUCGGACGAGCGCUGGCGGAUUUCCUCCAAAAGCCGUUAUGUGUCACCGCCGCCACCACGCGCUAGAAGUCCGACGCCUGAGAAGCCUGAUCGUGCAGGUUCUAUCGUGCCAAAGAAAAGAUCGCCUAGUCCGGAGCCUGUGGAAGAUACGUACAGUCCGCCGCCAGUAUCACCACCUCCGUUGGAUGAGGCGCCCGUCAAGAUUUCGUUGGUACCGGUCAUUUUAUCGAAAUCACAAAGAGCUAAGCAGAGGAAGCUGGCCAGACAGCGACCGUUGGAUUUCCCUAAGCCCUCGUCGUCUUGAAUUGUAUAUUAUCAUGAAGAAAGAAAGAUAGUGUGGGUUUGCAGAUGCAGUU